AUGCUGGACAACCAGCAAUCAGUGCAAGCAGUAGUGUUAGCCGACGACUUUUCAACAAGCUUACUAACCCCUCUGCAACAUAUUUUCCCCAGCAUCUUAACCCCAGUCGCGAACCUCAACCUGCUGGACUACAUAGUGUAUGACGACAUAACAGUAUCCCUGAUCCUCUCCGACGGCUGCCGGUCUCUGGGCGACGCGCUCAGAGACAUCGACACCAAGGGCUGGAUCCGGGGAGACUUCGUCUUAAUCCGCGGAGACGCGUUUAUCAACACCAACCUAUUAACGCUGCUGAGCAAGCACAAGGCCAAGAAGGACAAAGACAAGGGAAUCGCCAUGUCCGUGGUCUUCAGGGACAUUGGCAGCUCCAGACCCACCAACCUAACUUCCAACACUUGCUUCAGCGUCGUCAACAAACUUACCGACCAGCUGAUCUUCUACAAGCCCAGCAAUCUUGAAUCCCACCAAAAGAAACUCCAAUUUGAACUCAGCUGGUUUUUAGACCACGAGCAGAUCGAGAUUAACACCGGAAUUAUAGACACGCAUGUCUACAUGUGCUCUCAGACUGUACUUUCUUUAUUUUCAGACAACUUCGACUUCCAGACAAUGGAAGACUUUAUCAAAGGUGUCCUGCUUAAUGAAGAAAUUCUAGAUUCUAGAAUUUAUAGACUGAUUCUUGAAGCUGGUGAUUACGCGCUGCCUAUUUCUUCCUGGGCAGCUUAUCACACUCUAACUAGAGACAUUCUCCAGCGUCAGAGCUACCCUCUUACUCCUGAUAUGCUCGCGCCGUUUAAUAAUAUUGUAUAUUCAUCAAAAAGUACCUACAAGUACAAAAAUUCCGGUCUAGCUAGAGGUUGUAUUUUAAAAAAUGACUCUAUUGUUGGAAGUAAUAGUCAGCUGGGUAAUAAUACUCUUGUAAGUCGCUCUACUAUUGGAAAUAAUUGCAAAAUUGGAGACAAUGUUGUCAUAGACAACUCUUAUAUUCUAAACAAUGUUACUAUUACCGAUAAUUGUACAAUAAAAAAUAGUUUUUUGUUUUCAAAUUGUAAUUUAAGCCCCAAAACUUUGACUGACACUUGCAUUAUCUCGGAGGGGGUUAAAGUACCCGAGAAUAAUUACAGCAAGUGUGUUUUAGAAGGUGAUAAGGGCAAAAUUAAGCUUGUAGAGAUGACUGACUAUUUAGAGGAAGACAAGUUUGUCUUCUUUAAAAAAUAUACCGACCUGGAUGACGAAGACAAUGACAAUGAUGAUAACGAUGAUGAUGAUGAUAGCUCAGUUCUUGAAGAAACUAGCAGCAAAAGGAGUGGACAGACUCCUGAUGAUAUUCCUGAUGACACUCAUAUAUUCUUAACUGAAGUUAUUGACAGUCUUCUUAGGGCUUAUCAGGAUAAACUUAAUUGCGAGAAUAUUAUCUUGGAGAUUAAUUCUUCUAGGUAUGCUUACAAUGUUGGGAUCAGAGAGGUCACUUAUAAUGUUAUCAAAGGGAUAUUAUUGCUACCGAUGCAUUAUUUGGGGGAAGAAAAAAUUCCUGUGGAUAAUGCUAAUUAUCAAAAGACUCUCAAGGCGAUGAUUAAUUAUUUCACUCCGAUUAUUUUGAACUAUGUCAAGACGGAUGACGCUCAGGAAGAUUGUUUGAACGCGAUUGAAGAAAUAGCGGGGAGCAAUGAAUUUGUUAUGAACUUUGCGCAGCAUUUGGUUCAUCUGCUUUAUGAUAAAGAUGUUUUGAGCGAGGAUAAAAUUAUCGAGUGGUUUAAUGAAAAUGAUAAUGAUGAUGGGUUUUAUAGUGAGAAGAUUAGGAAGGUUCUUCAGCCUUUUAUUAAGUGGCUCAAUGAAGCCGAGGAAGACUCCAGUGAUGAAGAUUAA